ACGUAGAAAUGUACAGCCACAUAUACACACACACAGUUAACAUAUCUACGUUGAUUGUAUUUGUGAAACAAAACAAUUAAGAUUCAUAUAUAGCUAGAUUGAUCGAAGAAAGCAGAUGGACAAGGCUCUUAUUGAUCGACCUACAGGUCCCGCGGUAGUAGUUCAGAAUAGCAGUGCUGUUUCUGAUCAGACUCAGAUCUUAGUGUUCCCUUCUCCAGGUCAAGGUCAUAUGAGCCCAAUGAUACAAUUCUCCAAGCGCCUUGCCUCUAAAGGUGUUAGGGUUACACUAGUCAUCACAACCACUUCUAGCAACUCCAUACAAACCCAUGCAAAUUCUUUCAAGGUUGAGGUUAUUUCAGAUGGCUCCGAACAAGGAAAUAAAAAGUCGGAAACUAUUGAAGAAUAUCUUGAGCGUUUCAGAAGGGUAACCACACAUACAUUAGCCAACCUCAUCAUCACCAAGAUCAAGACCAGUACUUGUACUCCUGGUGCCUCCGAAUCUGAAUUCAAGCUCUUUGUUUACGAUUCAUCGAUGCCUUGGCUUUCUGAUGUAGCGCAACAGCAUGGCAUAGCUUUUGCUCCAUUUUUCACACAGUCCUGUGCAGUAACUGCAAUCUACCAUCAAUUCCAUCAAGGAGCGUUCAUGACUGAACCGUCAGCUACGGCGACAAUGCUAUUGCCGUGCUUGCCACCACUAGGAAUCAAGGAUGUACCUUCUUUUCUGUACGACCAUGCCAAAUCUUACCCAUCUUUGUUCAACUCUUCUAGGGAUCAAUUCUCUAAUUUAUCGGAAGCAAAAUGCCUGUUGUGGAACACUUUCGAUUUGUUGGAAGACGAGGUAUUGGAAUGGAUGACAAGUACUCUGUCUCGGUCAAUCAUGACAAUAGGGCCAACUAUUCCAUCGAUGUUUUUAGACAAGAGGUUUGAGGAUGAUCUAGACUAUAGUUUCAACCUUUACAGCCCUAAUGUGGAUGCAUGCAUGAAGUGGCUAGACUGCCAAGAAAACGGCUCAGUUGUUUAUGUAUCAUUUGGAAGCUACGCUAGCCCUAGCAAGGAUCAAAUGGAGGAAAUAGCAUGGGGUCUGAAGAACAGCAACUACAACAUCCUAUGGGUGGUUAAACAAUCAGAGAAGGAAAAGCUUCCUAUCAAUUUCGUGGAGGGAAUAUCAGAGAAAGGUCUUGUUGUGAGUUGGUGUUCACAGCUACAAGUUUUGGCACACAAAGCUGUGGGAUGCUUUGUUACACACUGUGGAUGGAAUUCGAUACUAGAAGCAUUGAGCUUGGGGGUACCAAUGGUGGCAAUGCCACAAUGGUCUGAUCAAACAACUAAUGCCAAGUUUAUUGAGGAUGUAUGGAAAACAGGAGUUAGGGUGAAAGUGAACGAAAAGUUAGGUGUUGCCACAAGAGAUGAAAUAGCUUGGUGUAUUACCACAGUCCUGGAAGAGGGGAGUGGGAUGGAGAUGAGAAAGGCUUCACUUAAGUGGAAGAGAUUGGCUAAAGAAGCAGUCGAUGUAGGAGGAAGCUCCGAUAAGAACAUGGAUGAACUUGUUGCAAAACUUGAGUUAUAAUUUGACAUAUGCAUGUAGCGUGGACGUCAUAUAAUGAAAAAUUCAAUAAAUGUAAUUAAACCUAGCUACUGUUGAAAGUGUACGUGUUUCGGGAGUUUGUACAAGCUAGCUAUGAAGCAUCUUAUAU